CAGUGACGGCUGAGAGUCGCGUGGGAAGUAGGGGAACAAGUUCAGAGGGGCCGUGCUCAGAGAGGCCAUGCUUCGAGGGGCUCUGAGGUUCCGUGCAAAGCCGGGUCUCUUGGGCCGGGGGCUAAACACACGCAAAGGAGGCUCGACUCUGGACUGGGCUGGAAAGGUGCCUGAGAUUAAGAAGAAAAUCCAGUCAUUCCUUCCUGGAGGGGACUGGAAUCCACUGUAUGACACCAGCCACCUGCCCCCCGAACGCACAGAUGUGGUGAUUGUGGGGGGUGGGGUGCUGGGCCUGUCCGUGGCCUAUUGGCUGAAGAGGUUGGAGAAACAACGAGGUGCCAUUCAGGUGCUGGUGGUGGAACGGGACCACACGUAUUCCCGGGCCUCCACUGGACUUUCCGUGGGUGGGAUUCGUCAGCAGUUUUCAUUGCCCGAAAACAUCCAGCUCUCCCUCUUUUCAGUUGACUUUCUACGGAACAUCAACGACUAUCUGGCUGUAGUGGACAACCCUCCCCUGGACCUCCAGUUCAACCCCUCUGGUUAUCUCUUGCUGGCUUCAGAAAAGAGUGCUGCGAUGAUGGAGAACAACGUGAAAGUGCAGAGGCAGGAAGGAGCCAAAGUGUGUCUGAUGUCUCCUGAGCAGCUGCAGAACAAGUUUCCCUGGAUAAACACAGAGGGAGUGGCCUUGGCGUCUUAUGGGUUAGAGGGUGAAGGUUGGUUUGACCCCUGGUGUCUGCUCCAAGGCCUUCAGCGAAAGAUCCAAUCCAUGGGGGUCGUUUUCUGCCGUGGGGAAGUGACACGUUUUGUCUCUUCGUCUAGCCACAUGGAGACCAUGAGUGGGGAAGAGGUGACUUUGAAAAGGAUCCAUGAGGUCCAUGUGAAGAUGGACCACAGCCUGGAGUACCAGCCUGUGGAAUGUGCCAUAGUGAUCAACGCAGCAGGGGCCUGGUCUGGGCAAAUCGCAGAGCUGGCUGGUAUUGGGAGGGGGCCGCCUGGCACCCUGCAGGGCACCAAGCUACCUGUGGAGCCAAGGAAAAGGUAUGUGUACUUAUGGCACUGCCCCCAGGGACCAGGCCUGGAGACUCCACUCGUUGCAGACUCCAGUGGAGCCUAUUUCCGCCGGGAAGGAUUAGGAAACAACUACCUGGGGGGCUGUAGCCCCACUGAGGAGGAAGAACCAGACCCUGGGAACCUGGAAGUGGACCAUGAUUUCUUCCAGGACAAGGUGUGGCCCCAUCUGGCCCAGAGGGUACCAGCUUUUGAGAAUCUGAAGGUUCGGAGCGCGUGGGCUGGCUAUUACGACUACAACACCUUUGACCAGAAUGGCGUGGUGGGCCCCCACCCACUGGUUGUCAACAUGUACUUUGCCACGGGCUUCAGUGGCCACGGGCUCCAGCAGGCGCCCGCCGUGGGGCGAGCUGUGGCUGAGUUGGUGCUGGAGGGCCACUUCCAGACUAUCAACCUGAGCUCCUUCCUCUUCAGCCGCUUUUACUUGGGAGAGAAGGUCAAGGAGCACAAUAUCUUUUGAACCUACAAGCUCUUCACUUGCCCCGUAGCCCUGUCUGUGGCCCCUGGCUCAAAUCCUAGCCCGCGUUCGCAUCCUCCUCUCCAGCCCUAUGCCAGUCUCCUCUACCCUGUCAUUCUGCCCCCAUGUGACUGGGCAGGCAGGUGAACUGCAGGCUCUGAGGUUCUGUGCACGAGGCCCAGGCUGACAGAAUGCUGGGCUGGGACCCUAGGACUGACCCCCGGCCCAGGCUGACGCUCCCCACCAAGGCAGUCCAGCUAGACAGAACACCGCAGGGGUCUUGAGCACCAUGGCCCGCGACGGGCCUUCCUGGUACUGACUCCUGAAGGAUCAGCUCUGCCCCUCUUGGCACACCCCAGCAGAAAAGGCAGGGAGCAUGCUGGGCCAGGCUGACCCAGACUUAUCAAUCAAUAAAUGUAAUUUAUUCUUUC